AUGAGCUCCACCGAGGGGCUGCUCAAGCUGCUCACUCUGGGCAACGUCCUAGCCGGGGUUCUCGCGUCCACCGCACUGUCCCUCUUCCUGACUUGGCUGCGGGCUCCUCGCUAUGCCAAGGACAUUCCCCGCGUGGGCGUGGGCAAGAGCUUCGUGGCGGCCUUCACGGAGAUGAAGGGGUGGAUUCAGGAUGGCUACGACAAGUACAGCAAGGAUGGAAAGGCAUUCAUUAUCCCAGGCCUGCUUGGGACCCCUCCUGAGGUGGUCAUCCCAAGGUCACAGAUGAACUGGAUGCUGGAUCAGCCGGAUCAUAUCAUCUCAACAGCUGCUGCCCACUACGACAUCCUUAAUGGGGACUACAGUUUCGUUGACAAGCGGAUCCUGGAGAACCCGUAUCAGGAGCACGUGGUACAUCGCUCGCUGGCGAGGAACUUGGCCGCCCUAAUCCCGGGGCUGGACAAGCAAAUUCGGACGUGCGUGGACGACAUAUACGGGAUGGAUGACAGGGAGUGGAAGAGAGUCAACAUCUGGGACUCUCUGAUGAUCCUGAUCCCCAGGGUGACCAACUUGAUGUUCGUGGGCCAGGAGCUGAGCGACAACAAGGAAUACCUUGACAAUAUGCUUAACUUCACUGAGGACGUCACCAGGGAUCUAAUGACAUUUCCGAUGAUACCAACAAUUAUCAAGCCCAUCUUAUGUCCGCUGGCUGGACUGGCGUCCAAGUACCACUACCGGAAGACGGCCAAGCACAGCGUGCCCAUGAUCAAACAGCGGAUAAGGGACAUGGCAGCAAAGGAGAACGGCGACCCAGCUUACAAAGACUGGAAGGCACCCAACGACUACAUAACAUGGACCGUCUCCGUAGCCACGGCCGAAGGUCGGACGGAAGAACUGGACCCCGUCAGGAUCUCCCAGAGGCUGCUGCCCCUGAACUUCGCCGCCAUCCACACCACCGCCAUCACCACAUUGCACUCCUUCCUCGACUUCCUCGGCCACGACAAGGAGCAGGACAUCAUCGCGGCCCUCGGGGAAGAAACCACGCGGGUCCUCGCCGAAGAGCCCCAAGGCCAGUGGAACAAGGCCAAGCUGGCCAAGCUGCACCGGACGGACAGCGCCAUCCGGGAGAGCAUGCGGGUGAACGCCAUGGCCCAGACGAUGGUGAUACGAAAGGUGGUCGCCCCCGGCGGCGUGACCAACGAGAACACGGGCCAGCACUUCUCCAAGGGGACCAUCAUGUCCUGCCCGAUCUGGUGCACGCAGCACGACGACGACAUCUUUGGAGGCGAGGCGGAUCGGUACGAUGCCUUUCGGUACUCCCGCCAGCGGGAGGAAUACGAGGCCCGAUCUGCCGAUGAGAAGAACCCCGAUGCGGGACUGAAGGUCGCGAAGAUGGGCAUGGUGACGACUAGUGUCGAGCACUAUGGCUUCGGCCAUGGGAGACAUGCAUGUCCUGGACGCUUCUUUGUUGCUCACGAACUAAAAAUGCUCGUCGCGUACCUGCUGUUGAAUUACGAUCUGAAGCCUUUGGAGGAGAGACCACCGCCAAGCUGUAUUGGUAGGACCAUGAUCCCUCCCACGAAGGCGACGAUGGAAAUCAAGCGAAAGGCUGGUACGGGUGUAACAUUGUAG